AUGCCAAAGGAGAAGAAGCUGAGAGAGAUAGAGGUGCUGAUAAUCUCAGCCCAAGACCUCAAGAACGUGAAGCACGUCACAAAGAUGAGAACCUACGCGGUAGUCUACGUGGAGCAUGACAUGGAGGUGCGGACCCACGUGGACGAAGAAGGAGGAGUGAAUCCGACGUGGAACGAGGUGGUGAAGGUUAAUUUUCAAAAGGGCUUACCGGAGAACGAUGUCAAGGCGGCUCUCAACGUCGAUAUAUACGCACAAGGGCACAUACGUGAGAAGCCGGUGGGGAGUGCUAGGGUGCUUCUGUGUGAUGUGCUUAAGGGUGGAGACGCAUCUGAGCCGUCGGAGAAUCCGAUCCAGUGUAUGACGAUACAGGUUUGGAGGCCUUCUGGUAGGCCACAUGGGUUGCUUAACCUGUGGGUUCCUCCCACCGGAAAGUUUCUUAUCCGGCGGGAUUCAUUGUCUUUUAGUGUUAAAGACGAUCGUCAGGUAGCAGAGGCGGAGGGUUCGAAGGAAAAUGUGAAGGCCGUGGGAGUGGAAGAGGAAAAGCUAGUAGUGAUAGAGCGUGAUAGUGAUACACGUGGCGUCUAG